GGAGCAUGAAACUUCACAGCUGUUUUCACACACAGAGGAGGUCCAGGUGCGUCUAAAGAUGAACUGGUUUGUGACUGCUCUCACUCUGUGCGCCCUCGUGGUCAGCACCCACGGUGCUACAGGCACCAUCGCCUGGUGUUAUCACGAGCCAGCCUGCAAUGACACUCAGUGGCCAACCAUCGCUCCUCAAUUUUGCAACGGCAGUCGCCAGUCUCCCAUUGACAUCGUCACAGCAUCUGCCACAGCUAACGCCAACCUGACUGCGUUCACCUUUCACAACUACAGUAGCACGUCAGCUAUGCAAAAGAUCACAAACACUGGCAAGACAGUCAAAGUCACCCUCAGCAAUGUUGGGGUGUCAGGAGGAAACCUGCCUGAGGCCUAUGACAGCCUGCAGUUCCACUUGCACUGGGGUAAUGGCAGCGCCGUCCCCGGCUCUGAGCACACAGUGAAUGGCAAGCGCUACCCCAUGGAGCUACACAUUGUGAACAGCAGGUCGUCCUUUAAUGGGAACACAACUCUAGCUAUUGCAAAUUCAACAGGACUUGCUGCUCUUGGUUUCCUAAUUGAGGAAAUGUCAGGUGACGCAACUGGCCAGCCUGCAAGCUGGCACAACUUGACCUCCUACCUGACCAGCAUCAGGAACGCCGGUGACAGUGCUACAUUGGCACCGGGAUUUUCACUGAAUGAUCUUCUGGUCGGAGUGGACACCACCAAGUUCUACCGCUACCAUGGCUCUUUGACCACCCCCACUUGCAACGAGGCUGUGAUUUGGACUGUGUUCAAAGACACGAUCAAAGUCAGCAGGGAUAUAAUUAACCUCUUCAACUCCACCGUACGCGUUGGCAACGCCUCAUCACCUUACCAGGUCAAUGUCUACAGGAACAUCCAGCCAGCCCUGCCUGUGCAGACGCAGCCCUCGACCUCCGGCGCUUCCAAAACCUGCUACUCUCUGGGGCUGAUGGCGCUGAGCCUUAUUUUUGGCAAGAGUUAGAGCCGUGAAAGUUUGUGGUGCUGUCGUGGCGUCUCAGCCAGUGAAAGCUGUUUGCAAUAAGAAUACACCCUUUUUUCUUUUUUUUUUUUACCAUCAUUUGUCACCUUUCCUUGUAUGGAGCUAGAACAGGAAGUUUUGGCAUCAAGAAUAAGAUUUGGCAUUGGUUCAAGGAAACAUGGGCAAUUAAGAAAAUCCACUGAAAAAUAGAACAAGCAUUAAAGAAUAUUUAUGUUGAUGGGGGAAAAAAAAUGAAAUGGGGGAAAAAAACAGUGCAUCAGAAUAUCAUUUUAAUGCCUGCUUUAUUUUUCAGUGUCAGUUUUCAAUGCUAGAUUUUAUUUUCACUCCCAAAACUCAGUCACUGUUCUAUCUCCACACCCUUCCCCUUUUCCUAUGGUUUGUCUGACUUUACCAUCGUCCAUACUGUUAAUACAUAAAGUACACCCUUAUAAAUGCCUCAAAUUCAGCGUGUAGGGCGCAGUAUGCACUUGAGAUCACAUUCAAGCAAAACUCAGCCUUGGCACCACAAGAACCUUGUUGCUUUCCAACGUAGCUCUAUGCAUUAUUAAUACUGUUAUCAGGAAAAUAAUAAUAUAUGUGAUGACUGCCUUCCUCUUAGUGGUAGUUCAUAUCGUUUCCAGCUGUAAGCAAUUAUUUAUCUGUAGUCAGAUUUUAAUCUGUUGUGUAUGUUUGCACCUCUUGGUUAAUACAUGUUAAAUGUGAUGAAGAAUUCAGCAUGUUCUGCUGAGAUGUCAGGCAUAGCUCAGUCUGUUUCUAAGCUGCCAAAGCUACAUUCAGGCACCUGACAAAGGGAUGCACUAUCUAUACAAGUUUACCGGGAAGAUGUAGUAAUGGUACUUUACAAAUCCUGCAGUGUAAUCAGUGUGUGUCAGUAUUUAGUUACUCUAAAAUCUGCUAGCCUUUAUCUGCCUAGGGUUAAAACUCAAGUCUGUGUUAAUUAGAUUUUAAUUUGAGAUUUUUCUUUUUAUUUAUUCCCUUUUUUUUUGUUACCUUGAUUUUAUUUUGUCCUCACCGGUGCAGAUACUGACAGCAGAUGAGAUGUAGCCACAUUGCCGAGCUGAACACUAAACGAGACCAUGCUGCUUCCAUAGUGGGUGUAAUGAAGGAUUGAGGAGUCGCUCAGUCGACUGAACACCGUUAUUUAUCACAAUGAUUUGUCUAUGUUCCAUUUUUCCCUUCAGCCUCGCACUAUUUGCACAUGUGACAGAACUGUGAGCUCUUGAUCUUAUGCAUCUCUAAAUUAAAAUGA